AGUACCAGGUGGAUAUCAAUCUGGACUGUGUUCCAGAUCCAACGCUUGGGUGCCGUUCAAGAAUGUCUACAUUCAGCUGUGGAAUUAAUCAUUCACUGCUACAGCAAUGGGGAAAGUAUGAAAUGAUUGUGGAGUGCAUUGGAAACAAAGCAAGCGGGAUUGCUGAGCUCAGUAGGUUGCUUCAGGAGCAGUUCAGAGUUCACCAACAGCAGCCAGGAGAGGUCCCCUUCAUGCCCUGAAGUCUCACCAGUCGGCAGUCACCAGAGUCCUUUCCUGAUGUCUCAUGAAUUUUUUUUUUUCACCAGACCCUGAUCCUGAUGUCAAAGCAACAUUUGUACCUCUCUGUUUCCUUUUUCUUUUUCUUUGAUCUUUAUAAGGAGACGCCCAUGGAUGCUGAGCGGUGACAGUGCCAAAGUCAUGGCGUUCUUCAGCAGCGGAUCGCGAGCGCUGGUAGAAAUCCUGACGAGAAUGCAGAGUGCUGAAAGACCAAUGCCUGUUGAUCACACCUUCUUCGAGUUCGGAUCAAUUCGAUAUCAUGUAGAGGCUUCAGCAUCAGAUCCUGAUAACGCAUACUUGUCGAUAUCAACACCAUCUCUAUCCCACGAAGCCUCGCCCUCUUCGAGCGGCUUGCCUGAAUUCACACUACAGGAGACGAGGAAGAUGUACCAGAAGUUCGCCGAGAUUAUCGAGCCGCCAAAGGAAGGAUAUGUCCUGACACUGAAACUCAACUUCUCCGGCCUUACUCGACCAAAAGAUCGCAUCAAGGCUAUCAACCAGAUAUCGGUGCUGCAAUCCGUCGUCCUCAGCUCGCAGCUCAAGGGCAUGCUAGUGAGCCUCGGCGCGUCCGGCACGAUGAAGCUCGUGUACAACCAAAGGGAGCCGUUCUUUGUCAGCAAGACGCCGGCAGGAAAGAUAAACGCCGUCUUCCCCAUGCGUUUCAGGGACGACACGGACCUGGCUAUCGCGACCUCCUUCUUCCAGGAGCUGCAGGACCUCGGGAACUCGUUCGCGAAGGCGCCCAAGUGCAGCUGGUCGCCGAUCCCGCCGCCGGAGCUGCGAGGGGAGUACGUGCGCCACCUCACCACCAACGGCGGCUUCGUGUCGUUCGGAGUCUUCUCGCGGCACGUCAGGGGGAAGCGGGCGGCCAAGACCGCGUGGAUCCUGCUCAACUUCCAGUCCUACGUCAAGUAUCACAUCAAGUGCACCCGGAGCUCCAUCCAGAGCAGGAUGAGGGAGCGGCUGGAGACCCUGACCGAGGCGAUCCAAAAUGCAAGGCUACGAGGUACUGAUGACAAGAGGAAAUUACAAGUGGUGAAGAAGAGGAGCAAGAGAAGGCUGAUCAGCUUUGCAAACGCGAAGAAACUGCAGAAGGGUUUCAGAGCCGUCCUCAACAAGAUCAAGCGGCUGCGGCUGAGGAUCAGAGUGAAAGGACUGGACCGGCUGAGGCAGUGCCAAUGCUUCGCCGUGCCCAAGCUUCCCAUGCCACACAGGAAGGAGAACAAAUACCACGUACUACAGUGAAUCUUAGUCUAUUCUCUAGGGGCAUGGCUAAAGAUUUUUUUAGAGCACAUUCCCGCAAGCAUGAUAGUGCAUGCUAACUGUGCUUUCCCAUCCCAAUCGAGUCAGAUAAGAAGGUGACAACUGACAAGAAUUUCAUGUUCUUUUUCACGUAUGAGCAGCGGACAUCUGGAAGUACAGCAGUGGACACAUAGAAUUUUGAUUUAUUAUUAGACAGGAAUGCGUCUGUUUGGCUGACAAGGCAGACAAUGAUAGAUAUCUGUGCUCGAGCGUAGUUGCAUCUGCACUGAUUUGUACCUUCGUAAUGUAAUCGGUGCAAAAUCUUC